AUGAAGUCUGUUAAACAAAAACCAAUACCAAAAUCUGACAACUCAACCAAAAAAGAACAAAAAAAAGGCUUUCAGUUGUUUCUAGGGAAAUAUUCGCUGGUAGCUGCUUGUGACAGCAGAUGCUUCUGGAAAAAAUGUUUGCUUUUUCAAUUUGCAGUUGAACUACGAUUUUUCUUGCUGAUGAAAUGA